AUGGCUUUGAAGCGCAGAGAUGUGAUCAUCGCAAGCAUCGUCGCCUUCAUCGCCUGGGGCUAUGUCGUGAGCUGGUUCGGCGCUCUUCGCUGGGCGGGCUACGCCUUUGGCGGCGGCCUGCUCGUCGGCCUCUUUGCACUUCUCGGCGCUCUGAUUCUUUUUGCUCGCAACCCAGACGACCGUCGACCGCGCCCGAGGGCUGCCCUCUUCCUAGCCCCCCAGCGCUGGCGCGACGAGGUCGCCGCGCUGCGCAAACGCCAGGCAUACGAGCGUCCCUCGCUGGACCUACCGUCGCAGCGUGUGGCCAUGGCCGUCGAUAAUCUGCUCGAUUUGGUUCUUCGCGACUUUGUGCAAGUCUGGUACACCAAUAUCAGCCCGAAUUCCGAAUUUCCCGACGAGGUCGACCGCGCGAUUCGCCUGGCUAUCAUAAGCUUGCUUGACUGCCUUCGCGACAAGGACAUCGUCGAACUUUCGAUAAGCAGGGUCGUACCGAUACUGACUGCGCAUUUCCGGGAUUUCUACGAAGCAGAACGAUCUAUUCGAGGUAAAAAAUUAAAUAAAUCAGUUACCGAGUCAGAAGAGCUGGAUCUUGCUAUUGCCGCCAAGUAUAACAAAGGCAAACUUCACCCCGCAGCGUCCCUGUCUUUUCCCGACAUGAAAAUAGUUCAGCAGGAUUACCUUAGGGGAUUGAUAGCUCGAGUCUUGCCCAAAGUUAUGCCUCGACACAUGUUGUCAAGCCGGGCCGUUUCCAUCAUUGUCAAGGAGAUCGUCAGCUGCGCUGUUCUUUCACCUGUUAUGCAACUUCUUUCGGAGCCAGACACUUGGAAUCAGAUCAUGGAAAACAUGGGUCGCUCGAUGCUACAGGAUCGAUCGACAGUCCGCAAAUUGAGGGCCGCGCUUGACCAGCAUGCUUCGCCAGCUCCUCGAGCAGUCAAGACUUCUGUAACUCCCCGCAUAUCAUCAGGUGACAGCGAACGCAAAUUCGAAAAGUUUAUUCGCGCCAUUAGGAAAGUCAGCAAUCUGUCAGAUGCCCGACGCUUCAGAAACGAGGUCGCCAGCCAGCUCAAGCGAGACUCACUGGAGGAGAAUCCUGAUCAAGUGUACCUGCGCCGGCUAGAGAUGGGAAAGAGACUGUUGGAUCAGAGAGUGGCCCAUUUAGCAGCGGGAGGAGAUAGAUCUGGUCACACGUCUGCUCCAACUGCACAAAGAAUAAUCAAGUCGACUUCCACAUCUCGACUCGAGAACGCUGGACUGGUCGAGCUUUUGCGAGAUUCAUCUGGUCUUUCUUAUUUCAUGGAAUUCAUGGACCGACAAAAGAUGAUGACUCUCGUACAGUUUUGGCUGGUGGUGGAUGGUAUUCGGAAUCCGCUCGAGGAUGAUGGACCCGACAAUGAAGCGCUACCCUCCAAUUUGCCCAUGUGGACAAAUUCGGACUGGCUGGACGUGCGUCAGAUCCAACAGGCAUACAUGUCCAAGUCAGAACUCAACGUCCCCGAGUCGUCACAGAUCAACGUCAAAGAGUUCUUGCAGGCAGGCAAGGCCGCCACACCAGCACAAUACUUCAAGGCCCGCAGAUCGAUAUUGCAAGUACAAAGCAUGGCUUUGGAAACUAUGAAGAACCAGUAUUUUCAGGCGUUCAAAAAGUCAGACCUUUACUACAAGUGCUUGGCCUCGCAAGAAACCAGCAGUAUUACUCAGUCAGCACCAAUGGCCUUGUCAGCAUCUGAUACGGGCACACCGCACCAGGCAAACGGACGCUCAAAUGGCAAAACAUCCAAACCAAAAUCGCUAGCGCGCUUGAACCUGAUUGCACGAAGAGUCGGUUCAUCGACAGAUCUCGCUUCUAAUGGCGGCGAAAGUGAUGCCAUGGAUCCGCUUGCUGCUACCAGAAGAUCAUUGGAUGAGGAUACCAACAAUCCCAUUUACUACGACGACGAGAUAGAGCAUGACAAUAUGGCCGACUCUAUCCCUAAUCUUGAGCAAGAUGAUUCCCAACAACACAAACCUGAUACGCAGGCAGUUCAGGCUGUUGAAAAGGCCCUGAAUAACAUCAUGGAGGAUGAACGUCCGCAGACAGCCGCAGAUCUGCGAGCCUCGCUCUUUACGAGUGAUGAAACCAUUGGCGGAAGUAACUCUGGAGGCCUCUUUGGAGAUGAAGAGGACUCAAACCGCGGGUCGAUUGAUGUUGGUCGGCCCACCGCUGGAGGAGGGGAAAAGCCGAGCCUAUCAUCUUUGGGCCUGGUGAGCGCAGCCUCACGAAUAGGUGUCUUCGUUGACGACGAUCUAUUUGCAGAUGAAGACAAGCACUUAUCGGACGAAAGAGACGACGUGAACGAUGACGACAUUGACGACGAAGAUGAGGUCCAUGCUGCCGCGCCAGGGGAUCUUGGCCUUGCCGAGGCUAUCACAGUACUGACCAAUGACAUCGAUCGACUAAUGGCACAAGAAGCCAUCUUGGAAUCUCUGACGAGAAAAGCAGAAUUAACAAACAACACUGCUGAGUUACGGAUCCUGUCAAAAUCAAAAGCCAGUCUGCAUAGAGAAGUGAGGCGCAAAGAGCUUCAGCGUCAGCAGUACGUGGUGCAGGAGAGUGACAACAGUCUGUACGGGCGAUCCACUGUCAGCAUCAAGUCCAUUCAAGUCGGGCGUGAAGAUGACGGGAGGGAAUUUGCGCUGUACGUUAUCGAAGUGCAGCGUGAUGCGGGAGAGCAAAUGCCUGCUGCCUCGUGGGUCGUCGCAAGACGGUACAGCGAGUUUCACGACCUCCAUCAAAAGCUGCGCUCUAGGUACCCCUCGGUGCGGAAUCUUGAUUUUCCUGGCAGAAGAGUGGUGAUGAAAUUUCAGAGCGAAUUUUUACGCAAAAGGCGGGUUGCACUGGAAAAGUUUCUGCAAGAGCUCCUGCUGUUGCCGGAUGUUUGCCGAAGCCGCGAGUUGCGUGCCUUUCUGUCCGAGAGUGCCAUUACGCAAGGGGAGAACCUCCUUGACCGGGAGGAUAGAAAGGACAUUGUGAGCCGACUGUACGAUUCCGUGACGGAUGGCAUGGAGGACAUCCUGGGUAAUAUUCCAGUGCUGGAUCAGAUUUCAAAUGCUGGCCAAAACCUGAUUACAGCUGCGACGAACCAACUCAACUCGGCACCGCUGCAUGCCGACGAAGAGUCGUUUCCGGCAGCAGAGGCAGAAGCAGAGCUGAACGCCUUUGAGAGCAAGGAGCUGGAACCGUUUAUCAAGCCCAUUUGCGACAUCUUUUUGGAAGUAUUUGAGCUCAACCGUGGCAACAAUUGGCUACGAGGCAGGGCGGUGGUGGUGGUGCUUCAGCAGCUGCUGGGGGGCACCAUUGAACGCAAAGUACGGGACACGUUCAAGAUGCUGGCUCAAGAGGAGCCGCUUUUACGAUACAUUGGUCUGGUUCGAGACAAUAUGUGGCCCCAAGGACAGCUGGCACGAGACAAGAAGCCACGAAGCGCAGCGGAAAAGAGAAAGACGCGUACGGAGGCGAGCCUGAUGCUGGCGACGCUGGUGCCCGACCUGGCCGGCAGUGUGGUUGGGCGCGUGAAUGCGCAGGCAGCAAGCCGACGUUUGUUUGCUACUUUUAACAACUCGAGACUCAAGCAAGUACAUUAA